AUGGCUGAUCAAAUAUGUAAGGAAUGUAAUGACACAAUCAUUGAUAGAGAGUUUUUGAUUUGUUCCGACUGCGAUGAAUACUAUCAUUUGAAGUGUACAAAUAUUUCACCGAAAUUAUAUUAUUUAAAAAGUCCAAUUAAAAGAAGACGAUUCCAGUGUAAGUCAUGUGUAGAAAAAUUACAAGAUAAUGACUGCGUGCUAAAUCAGUCCUCACCUCUAACUGAGAGCUUAGAAACGGCUACCAGAAAUGUUACUACACGUAAGAAAAUAAUUACAAAUAAAGUAGCCUCUAAUUCAUUUGGCUCCUUAUCUGUUGAUGAGAACUUUGAAUACUCUUCCUUAACAUCAACUCCAACACACGUGGACAUAGGUGGAAGUAAUCUGACUGAUAAAAAUACCAAGGAUUGUAUAAGCAAAUUAAAUGAAAAAUUAUGUGAACUACAAAGAAAACUUGAUAAUGCAGACAAGGAGAUUGAAGACCUGAUAUCAGAAAACUAUAUAUUAAAAAAAUAA